AUGAAGUGUCUUUUAACUCUCGCCGUUCUUUUCAACUCCGUUUUCUCCAGUCCUUUCCUGAUCGAUAUCGAUCCUUCCAUCCUUGCUACAUACAAUCGAACCGUCCCUGCGGCAGGAGCAAUCGUCGUUGAUGCAACUGGCUCUGUCUCGGGCUCCCAUAAAACUAUUCAAGCUGGAAUAGAUGCUCUUUCCAACUCUUCAACCUCUGCUCAAACAUUGUUCAUUUAUCCGGGGACAUACAAAGAGCAAGCCUACAUCCCCAAACUCGCUUCGACCCUCACAAUUCAAGGGUCUACUCCUGAUGCUCGUACCUAUGCAGGAAACGCAGCCACCAUCACCUACAACCUUGCUCUCAAAGAUACCACAUCCAAUGAUCUAACUGCCACCCUUCGAAAUUGGUCUCCAAAUACCAAAAUUUAUAACCUCAACAUCGUCAACACCUUCGGACACAUCUCAAAAGAUGGACAAAACCUCGCCAUCUCAGCCCAAGCAACAAACCAAGGCUAUUACGCCUGCCAAUUCCGCGGCUACCAAGAUACUAUCCUCACCAACACAGGAAAACAACUCUACGCCAAGUCUCUCAUCACUGGUGCGGUAGAUUUCAUCUACGGCUCCGCAGGAAUCGCUUGGUUUGAAAAAGUCGACAUCAGGACAAUUGCUAAUGGCGCCAUCACCGCGUCUGGACGGGAUAGCUCGAGUAAUCCAAGUUGGUUUGUGAUUAGCAACUCGAAUGUUGACGGGAUCAAUUCGACUAUUGCGUCGAAGUCGACGUACCUCGGACGGCCUUGGAGGGAGUAUGCGAGGGUCGUAUUUCAAAACACUUAUAUUGGUGCAAUUGUCAAGGAUGAAGGAUGGAGUGUUUGGAGUUCUAGUGAGUCUCGUACUGGACAUGUUAAUUUUGAGGAGUACGCGAACACUGGACCCGGAAGUACUGGGACGAGAUCAAACUUCUCGACGAAGCGUAGUUCGGCUGUUCAGAUUGAAAAAGUCUUGGGAAGUGGGUAUCUGAAUGAGUGGUGGGUCGAUGCUGGGUACUUGUAA